AUGUCUUCGGCUCUCAUCGGCUCGCCGCCAGAAACGCAGAACGACUACUGGAUUGUCGAGGGAAUGCUACGUGCUGUCCACAUGGACACCCGUGCUGAUCCUGGCAAGGGCUACAACUUCCUCCCCAAGCAGCCGCAAGGGUAUGAAUAUGAGGACCGCAAGACGGCGACUAUCAUCGGCAUGUCCUUCGUCAUGUUUAUCAUGAUCAUUGCUACAGGCACUCGUCUGUCUGUGCGACUUUUUCGAAGCGGUCUGCGUUGGGGAUCUGACGAUUGGAUGCUGAUUCCUGGAGCGAUCAUGGCUAUUGCAUAUCCAGCUCUUCAGAUCGCAAUGGUAGUUUAUGGUGGAGGAGGCAAGCAUACAUGGGACGUCACGUAUGAGGAAUACAACAUCUUCAACUGGCUCGGAGUAGUCUGCAAGAUCCUCUUCUUCACCUCGGUUGGCAUCAUCAAAAUCUCCAUCACGCUCUUCAACCGUCGCCUCACCGGCAUGGCAUCCCGCAUCUGGCGCAUCAUCAACGACGUCUUCCUCGUCAUGCUCAUCGCCUACACAAUCCUCGCUCUUUUCUGGACUUGCUUCCAAUGCACCCCUCCGCCCGCCAUGUGGGACAAAGCGUACUCGGGCAGGCUGGCCCGCCCCGCGUCUUGUUACUCGACGUCCCUGCUCUCCAACGUGCUCAGCACCCUCCACGUCAUCAUGGAUUUCUGCCUGCUCAUGACGCCCAUCAUCGUGCUUUGGAAGGUCAAGCUGCCAAAGUCAACAAAGAUUAGACUGUACUUUGUUUUCUCCACCGGCGCAGUCUCCUGCAUUGGCAGCGUGCUGAGGCAGCUCGCUCAACAGAAGAUCAGCCUGGAUGUCACGUGGGGCUACACCUCGAUCCUUACGUGGACGCUUGUCGACCUCACGUUUGGCCUUCUCACGGCCUCGCUCCCCGUCAUCGUCGGCCUGAUUCCUUCCGCUUGGCACUCUGUAACCAACCGCGAGGCUUCCCGGCCAACGAAUAUCAGCCAGGGGUAUUUGUCUGAGUCGAGGAGCAAGACCACCCGUAGUGGUCGGGAUGUCGAGUCGGAAAGCGGGGUCUUGAUCGAGGAAGAGUUUGAGUUGUCGUGGCAGAGUGUCGACAGAAUAAGGACGAGCAGUGCGAAGGGCUUGAAAAAUGUUGCCGUUUCGGUGAAUAUCCGAGCAGGGCCGCCGGGUGCAUAG